AUGGCUAACAAAAGUUUAAUCUAUCUAAAAAAGAUGUUUCGUGAUUUCGAAGGAACGAAGGAUUUCGCGUAUUGCGUACGGAAUUGUGUGAUAAACAAAGCUACUGAAGACGGACAUGUCGAAAUUGAGUUGAAGGUAGCUGAUGAACAUCUUAAUCCAUCCGGCACAAUACACGGUGGCUUUACUGCAACAUUGGUCAACAUUGUUUCCACUGCGGCUGUUCUCGCUUCCGGUAGACCGACAGGUGGCCGUUCUGUGGAUUUAUCCAUUUCGUAUCAGAGUGUAGCAAAGCCUGGUGAAACGAUCAUUGCCGAGUCAACCGUCCGAAAGACAACGCGUAAUUUAGCAUUCAUUAACACAAAAGUUUACCGGAAAAUCGACAACAUGAGUAUAGCUACUGGUCAAGACACCAAAACAUUUCUGCCAGUUGAAUGA